GGCACCGUCAGGAAUCGCACGUGUAACUUGUUCCUGACGCCAUAUCUGACCAAUGGAGCCGAAGGUGCCUCAUUAUUUCUCGUGUUUGCAACGUCUGUCUGCACCCUGUGUAGGUGGCAACUUGCCUGUGUUGCAGCAGCUCGACAGCAACGUUUUUAGCGGUAUAAAAAGGGGCCUGUAUCGCCCCUACACACCACUAGCUUCAUUUGAGCUUUCUGAUUUCGCUGUGCCCGUAUCGUGAAGAGCCAAGAGAGCAACCAUGAAGACCUUUCUUGUCUGUGUCCUGCUCGCCACGGUCAGCGCUGUGAGCUUUGCUCACCACCUCGAGCUCUGCGAUAAACAAGACGGACAGCUGAAAAAUGAACUGCAAUGCAUUGGACUCCACAUCUCACGAGGGGCGAACCAAAGCUUUGACAAGGCGUUGAAGACUCUCGGCUGCCAAGACUGGAGCUGCGUGAUCCGGAAGCUGUGCGUCGGAAACAACCUGGAAGCUGCCAUGGCCAACCACUUCACGAAGCCGCAGAUCGCGGAGAUUCACAGUGCUGCCACCACCUGCGAUCCAGAGGCCGGGCACCACCACCACCACCACUGAGUGCUGCCCACUUUUGAAGAGAUUAAAAAAACGAGCCUUCCAUGGGCUGCACGUUCCUGCACUGUCCAGAUGUGUGCCAUCGAGGGACUCCGGGCAGCUUUUACCCCUGUUGUAAUAGAAGGUUAAAACUUUUUGACGUUUUUUUAAUGA